CAAUCAUGUGUGCCCGCUGAUCCAGGUGAUAUCCCUCCUACCAGUAUCUCCGGAGUAGGUUUAUUUUGGUUUACCCCCCGCUCCUGUGCCGCCGCCAUUAGAGCCAUUCACAUCUGCAACAGAAAUGGGAAUUCCGGUGUUUAAAACCCACUAAAACCCGCUUUGAUCCGAAGAUCGCCGUGGCGCUUGGGGUUUCAGAGGAAGGGAGAGAAAUAACAUGGGUGUUCGGCCGCAGAAUCGCUCUGCUGUUGCGGUAGAUUUUCGGUGCUGAGCUGGAUUUGGACCCGGAUCGGAUUGGGUUUCGGUAGGACAGACGUUCGGUUUGCAGAAGGGCGAACUCUGGAACGGUAGUGUUUGCAAACUGAAGUGUGGAGGGCAAAGACAGGAGAAGCUGGAGGCGCUGUGAGCGUGAGAGAGUGAAAGCAGGUGAAAAACGGAGGACUGGCGGGAGGGAGGGAGGGGGGCGAUCAGCUGCGGUGACCGGCGCGAGCGAGGAUGACAGAUUUUGGCUUGAAGUGGAGCUGCGAGUACUGCACCUACGAGAACUGGCCGUCCGCCAUCAAAUGCACCAUGUGCCGGGCCCAAAGGCACAACGCGCCCAUCAUCACCGAGGAACCCUUCAAGAGCAGCUCCAGCCUGGACCCGCAGCUCUGCACCUCCCAGCUCAUCUGCCCUGACUCCAGCGCCCGGCCUCGGGUGCGGAUCACCGACGAGCUGCCCGAGACCAGCAGCAAAUGGUCCUGCCACAUAUGCACCUAUCUGAACUGGCCCCGUGCAAUCCGCUGCACGCAGUGCCUCACUCAGAGGCAGCAGGGCUCCCAACACGGCCCGCUCAGUCCGUCUGAAGCCCCACAGACCUCGGACUCGGGGUCCAGAUCUACUCCGGUCACCUCGGAUCCGUGCGAGGAGUAUAACGAUCGGAAUCGGCUCAACAUGCACGUGCAGCGUUGGCCGUGCUCGGCUUGCACCUAUGAGAACUGGCCAAAGAGUCUGAGGUGUGUGGUUUGUGACCACCCUAAACCCAGCGUUUCGCCCGAGGCGCCUCAGCAGGAUUCGGAGGCGGAGAGUGCCACGUCCCCGUCGAUAGUGAAUGAGCAGGAGCGGGAUAACCUGAGGACAGCGGGGGGAGGGGGGGUGAGCAGGGGGAGGCAGAGGAAACUCUCUCCACCUACGUGUAAAGGACAGGCGGAGGUAAAGAUCGAGCUGGCGUCGGGAGCGGUGGGCAGCGAUAAUGAGCAGGAGGCGGACUUUAAAAAACUCAAACAGAUCCGGAACAGGAUGCGGAGAAGCGACUGGCUCUUCCUGAACGCCUGCGCUGGUGUAGUGGAGGGGGAUCUGGCCGCCGUGGAGGCAUACAAGUCAUCCGCCGGUGAUAUCGCACGUCAGCUGACCGCAGACGAGGUGCGGAUUCUCAACCGUCCAUCUGCGUUCGAUGCUGGUUUUACUCUGGUGCAUCUGGCCAUCCGCUUCCAAAGACAAGACAUGCUCGCGGUGCUGCUCACGGAGGUGUCUCAGCAGACGGCGAAGUGUAUACCAGCUCUGGUGUGUCCUGAGUUAACAGAACAGAUCCGCAGAGAGGUGGCGGCAGCACUUCACAGGCGUAAAGGAGAGUUUCCCUGUAACUUCUUCACUGACCUCGUCACCUUCACAUUACCAGCAGAUAUUGAAGACCUUCCCCCAAAUGUUCAAGAAAAACUCUUCGACGAGGUCCUGGAUCGAGAUGUACAAAAAGAGCUGGAAGAGGAGUCUCCCAUCAUUAACUGGUCUCUGGACCUGGGCACGCGUCUGGACAGCCGGCUGUAUGCUCUGUGGAACCGAACCGCUGGAGAUUGCCUUCUGGAUUCAGUGUUACAGGCCACAUGGGGGAUUUACGACAAAGACUCUGUCCUGAGAAAAAGCCUCAACGAUAGCUUGCACGACUGCUCUCACUGGUUCUACACGCGCUGGAAAGAGUGGGAGUCCUGGUAUUCCCAGAGCUUUGGUUUGCAUUUUUCUCUACGGGAGGAGCAGUGGCAGGAGGACUGGGCCUUUAUACUGUCAUUAGCCAGUCAGCCGGGUGCGAGUUUAGAGCAGACGCAUGUGUUUGUCUUGGCACACAUCCUUCGGAGGCCUAUCAUAGUGUACGGUGUGAAAUAUUACAAGAGCUUCAGAGGAGAGACACUGGGAUACACGCGCUUUCAGGGUGUAUACCUGCCUCUGUUAUGGGAGCAGAGUUUCUGCUGGAAGAGCCCUAUCGCCCUGGGUUAUACUCGAGGACACUUUUCCGCCUUGGUUGCCAUGGAGAACGAUGGCUACGAUAAUCGAGGCGCGGGUGCCAACUUGAACACAGACGACGAUGUCACGGUCACUUUCCUGCCGCUGGUUGACAGCGAACGAAAGCUGCUGCACAUUCACUUUCUGUCAGCACAAGAGAUGGGGACGGAGGAGCAGCAGGAGCGGAUGCUGCGGCAGUGGAUGGACUGCUGUGUUACGGAGGGCGGGGUUCUGGUGGCCAUGCAGAAGAGCUCCAGGAGGCGGAACCACCCGCUUGUCACUCAGAUGGUGGAGAAGUGGCUGGACGGUUACCGGCAGCUUGCCGCUUGUCCAACUCUCUCCGACGGAGAGGAGGAAGAGGAGGACGAAGACGAGUGAAGAACAGUCUGCGUUACUUGACACUACAACACGGCCCUCUUGCGUUCCCCAACACACAGAAACACACAAACACACACCUCUAGCCCCGACCGAAAGACAAACCCGAGCUUUCCUUUUUGGUUUUUGUCCCUAAUGCGACAAUUAAUUUGGGUUUGUUGCAAAAUAAAGGAAUGCAAUCAUGAUUGUAUUUGUCUUAACAGAGUAUGUUCUUUGCUUUCGUUUGUGUUGUUUUUAAUUUGCUGUUUCAAUGCUUAUAGUGAUUUAAGAAAAAGAGGAGGAAGGAGUUGGCGAGAAAAAGAUAUUUAAAUAGGUAAAUUGCAGCAAUUUAAGCACCCUUUUUAAAACGUCCGGUUCAGUUUGUAACAGAACCGACGCAGAUGUCUAUUUCUAUUUGUGUAGCGUGACUAGACUGAGAUUACUAAAACAUAAUUCACUAUAUGUUUGAAAAUGAGCAUUAUCUACGAAUCACACGUAUGACUGUGACGAUUGCUUUUCUAAAUAAAGCCGUCGUUACGAGGAGAACGCAAGUGGACAUUUUAACUCGAUUUCUAACAGAUUUUCUGUAUUUAUCUGAAUAAUAGUUUGUGAGCCAUAGAAAUGAAUGCUUUUCCACUCACAUUGUCGUCUCAUCUUUGAACUACGCUGCAAAGAAAAAGAGGCAUGUGUCAGUUUACUAUGUCCGUUGGAUGAGAUUUCAUGCCCUUUUUGGAAGGGAACAUUAUUUCAGCUUUUUUCAAUGUGGUCCAUUCACU